AUGACACGCCGCUCGCCCUUUUCCGUCGCCGACAGCUACUCGGCUGGGCCCGCCCGCCAGGCCCCGACACCAGCUGCUUCCUUCACCAGCUUCACUUACCGCCGCCCCCAACCCCAUAGCGUCGCCGAUAGCUACAAUUCCGCCCCCACCAUGUCCUCCCGCACUCUCUCCAAGGCUUCCCAAAGCUUCCUUCUCGCCGACAUGGACGGCCGCAAUGUCAAGGACAAUCGCGCCUGUGCCGCCUGUAUCGCCCAGCUGCAGCCCCACGAGGUUAGCCAGAUCAAUUGGCACCUCGACCAGGACAACGACUGCCGUCUCUGCCAGGUCGCCGCCACCAAGCCUGAGGCCUUCACCAAGCCCUUUUGCGACUUUUUAAUAGAGAACCCGACCGUCUUCCACACGGUCGAGUACUGCAAGACCAAGCUACACAGUGCCGGCUACAAGGAGCUUCCCUCUCGCGAGUCUUGGGCCGGCAAGAUCCAUGCGGGCGGCAAGUACUACGUCUCCCGCAAUGGCAGCUCCAUCAUUGCCUUUGCCGUCGGCCGCGGCUACAAGACGGGCCAGGCGCCCGGCUUCGCCAUGGUCGGCGGCCACAUUGACGCUCUCACCGCCCGCCUCAAGCCCGUCAGCACCAAGCCGAACAAGGCCGGCUUCCUACAACUCGGCGUUGCGCCCUAUGCCGGCGCGCUUAACGAGACCUGGUGGGAUCGCGAUCUCGCCAUCGGUGGUCGCGUCAUUGUGCGCGACCCUAAGACUGGCAAGACCUCGUCCCGUCUCGUCCGUCUCGACUGGCCCAUUGCCAAGAUUCCCACGCUCGCCCCGCACUUUGGCGUUGGCAUCCUGGGCCAACAGAAUAAGGAGACCCAGGCCGUCCCCAUCAUCGGGCUCGAGAGCACCAACAGUGACGCCCAGACUGAGCGCCUUGGUCCCGAUGGCUCCUUUGUCAACACCCAGCCCCCAAAGCUCGUUAAGCUCAUCGCCAAGGAGCUCAGCAUCAGCACGUACGCCGAUAUCGUUAACUGGGAACUCGAGCUCUACGACGCGCAGCCCGCCCAGACCGUUGGUCUCGACCGCGACAUGAUUUCCGCUGGCCGCAUUGACGAUAAGCUCUGCUCGUGGGGUGCCCUUAUUGGUCUGCUCGCCGCCGAGGACAAGGAAGACGACACUUACGUCAAGGUGACGGCUCUCUUUGACGAUGAGGAAAUCGGCUCCAAGCUGCGCCAGGGUGCCGGCGGCACGUUCCUCCCCUCGGUUGUCGAGCGCACUGUCGAGGCUCUCAAUCCCGACACUUACGGCCCUGGCCUCCAGGGCCAGGCCUACGCCAAGUCGUUCCUCCUGUCUGCCGACGUAUCCCACGCCGGCAACCCCAACUUCCUGGACCAGUACCUGCCCGACCAUAUCCCGCAGCUCAAUGUCGGUAUCGUCGUUGCCUGCGACUCCAACGGCCACAUGACCACUGACGCCGUGUCUACGGCCGUUCUUGCCCGCAUUGCUGAGCUCAUCGGCCACCGCCUUCAGCCGUUCCAGAUUCGCAACGACUCCCGCUCCGGCGGCACCAUCGGUCCCAUGCUCUCAAGCUUCAUGGGCUGCAAGGCCGCCGAUGCAGGCAUGCCCCAGCUCAGCAUGCACUCGAUUCGUGCCACCACUGGCGCCCUCGACCCCGGUCUUGGUGUCCAGUUCUUCAAAGGCUUCUUGGAUAACUGGGAGAAGGUGGACAAUGAGUGGGAGCACUAA